UAUGGUUUCGUCGUACUUGGUUCAUCAUGGGUACUGUUCAACAGCAACUGCCUUUGCCAGGGUCACAGACACCACAAUCCAGGAAGAACAGACCUCAAUAAAGAACAGACAAAGAAUACAGAAGCUAGUAUUAGCAGGCAGAGUGGGAGAGGCUAUAGAAGCCACCCAGCAGCUCUAUCCUGGCCUCCUAGAACAUAACCCCAACCUGCUCUUCAUGUUAAAGUGUCGGCAGUUUGUGGAGAUGGUGAAUGGGACAGACAGUGAAGUACGUUGUUUCAGUGCCCGCAGCCCCAGAUCCCAGGACAGUUACCCUGGGUCCCCCAGCUUAAGUCCUAGACACGGAUCAAGCAACUCACACGUUCAUAGUACCGGAGCAGAUAGUCCAACCUGUAGCAAUGGAGUCAUGUCCACAAAAAGCAAACAGAGUCACAGUAAAUACCCAACACUGAGUUCAUCAUCUUCAUCUUCCUCUUCCUCCUCCCCCUCAUCUGUGAACUACUCUGAGUCCAAUUCUACAGAUUCUACCAAAUCUCAGCAGCACAGUAGUACGAGUAACCAAGAAACCAGUGACAGCGAGAUGGAAAUGGAGGCUGAGCAUUACCCCAAUGGAGUCCUGGAAAAUUCAUCCACCAGGAUAAUGAAUGGCACCUACAAACAUGAAGAGAUCCUGCAGACGGAUGAAUCCAGCAUGGAAGACAGCUGCCCCCAGAGGCAGCUCUGCGGAGGGAACCAUGCUGCCACGGAGCGAAUGAUCCAGUUUGGACGGGAGCUGCAGAUGCUGAGCGAGCAGCUUUGCAGAGAAUAUGGGAAGAACACAAUGCACAAAAAGAUGCUUCAGGACGCGUUUAGCUUGUUAGCUUACUCAGACCCUUGGAAUUGCCCCGUUGGUCAACAGCUGGACCCGAUCCAGAGGGAACCUGUGUGUGCUGCUCUUAAUAGUGCUAUAUUGGAAUCUCAGAACCUGCCAAAGCAGCCCCCGCUGAUGCUUGCCCUGGGCCAGGCCUCGGAGUGUUUGCGGCUCAUGGCUCGCGUGGGCUUGGGCUCCUGCUCCUUUGCCAGAGUAGACGACUAUUUGCACUAGCCACCAGAGCAAGACGGAGUUGACAUCGUUGAGUGCUGCCCUUCACUCUCCAUUGCUGCCACUCUACACCACCACCUCGUUCGAUAGCCUGACCUCCCUGCCACCAACACCCCCUCUAGCACACACACACGCUGCCUGCGAAAGGAUUGAGCGAGUCCCUCACGUGUGGCUAUUCCUGACCCCGGGAACGACUGGCAGAUCUUACCUGUCUCCCUGCCAUUGCUGCGGCUCCAGCGGCACUCAGUAUUUCGCUGGUUAUUCUGAUGUAGCGCCUUCCGAUGUAGGGAUUUCUCUUUAUUUUGAUUUGUUUCUCAUGGAUCCACCAGUAUUUUAUCUGGAGAGGUUUGCUGAGCUGGUUUCUGCUGAUUUACUGAGGAAGCUCAUCAAGUUGGUGACAGCUUGUUCUUUUCUUCCCUUCUCCCUCCAUCGUGCACAUGCAGCAUCAUCUUCUGUGCUAGUUAUCUGAACUCUUCUCGCAGUGGCAGUUCAGAGGGAUUUUUUUAUUUUAUUGGAAUCCUGUUUAUUAAAAAGGUCUCUUCCACCUCCA